AUGUUUUGUACUUCAACUCGAAACCUCUUUUCAACAAUAACAAAACUACCUUUAGCUGCUUCUUCUUCUUCCUUUCACUUUUUCUCCACAAAUUGUCCAAUCUCAGUUUCUUCUCUUCCAAACAAAUCUUUUUCUAAACCUAAACCAAUUUUCACCACUCCUCUAACCCCUUCGUUCUUCGCUCUAAGAACAAAUCACACCAUGGCUUCUCCAUCAAACCCCCAAUCAAUUUACGAUUUCACCGUUAAGGAUGCUAAGGGUAAGGAUGUUAAUCUUGGUGACUACAAGGGAAAGGUCCUUAUCAUUGUCAAUGUUGCAUCACAAUGUGGCUUGACUAACUCCAAUUACACAGAGCUGAGUCAGUUGUAUGAGAAAUACAAACAGAAAGGUUUGGAAAUUCUUGCAUUCCCAUGCAAUCAGUUCGGGGCACAGGAGCCUGGAUCUGUUGAAGAGAUACAAGACUUUGUCUGUACUCGCUUCAAAGCUGAGUUUCCCGUUUUUGACAAGGUUGAUGUAAAUGGUGCCAAUGCUGCUCCAAUCUACAAGUAUCUAAAGUCAAGCAAAGGUGGACUCUUUGGGGACGGUAUCAAAUGGAACUUCUCCAAGUUCCUUGUUGAUAAAAAUGGCAAUGUUGUAGAGCGUUAUGCACCCACAACAUCACCUCUUAGCAUUGAGAAGGACUUGUUGAAGUUGCUUGAUGCAUGA